CACCGGGGCCGACAUUCAUUCGCUCCGUCCGCUCUGUUGCACGGUCGCCGUCACAGCGUUGAAAAGAUGCUGCGAGCUGCCGUGUUUUACGGCAGCAUCCUGCCUUUGUACCUUUUCCUCUGCGUCUGUUCUCUGCCGGUACACGACCACAGGACCGCCAAGCAGCUGCAGAGAUGGAGCAACAGUCACGCCGGUCUGAAGAAGAGGCCAAGUCAUGAACAGGACACACUAAAUGAAGAGUACGAUUUGAAGUCCCAAAAUGACACAGAUUUGUGGAAUCGUCCUCGCUGUGGAGUCCCAGAUUAUCCUGCCUUAACGCAGCUCAGCACGACGUACAACAAUGUGAAAAAGAGGAGGGGCACCUUGAGUAGACAGCAGCGCAGGAAGCGAUUUGCGCUCUAUGGCAGGCGAUGGGAGAAGACAGACUUAACUUACAAGAUCAUACGUUUUCCCUGGCAGAUGAGUGAGGACAAAGUGCGGAGUGUUUUCCAGGAGGCGUUUGGUGUGUGGGGUGCUGUUACUCCUCUCAGGUUCAGAGAAGUAACCAGUGAGAAUGCUGACAUCAUCAUUGACUUCAACAGGUACUGGCAUGGGGACAGCUUACCAUUCGAUGGUCCAGGAGGAAUCCUUGCUCACGCCUAUUUCCCCCAGACACAGAGAGAGGGAGAAGUCCACUUUGACUAUGAUGAGCACUGGACAGUGGGCAAUAAUGCUGGCACAGACCUCCUCCAAGUGGCAGCUCAUGAGUUUGGCCAUGUUUUGGGCCUGCAGCACUCCCUUGAGCCCGAUGCUGUGAUGUGCCCAUUCUAUAGUGACUCUUACCCUCUGCAGCUGAGUGAGGACGACAAAAGGGGCAUUCAGUAUCUGUACGGAUCCCCUCGCCACACACCGCCUGUGAUGACAGAGACCAAUGAGAUUCAGACUGAACUGCCAAACGCUUGCAAAACAAACUUUGAUGCCGUAUCCAUGAUCAGGGGAGAGCUCUUCUUCUUUAAGUCUCAAUAUAUUUGGCGAAUCCGUGAUGGGCAGCUACAAGCUGGUUAUCCAGCUUUAUCAUCACGCCACUGGAAAGGAAUUCCGGAACACAUUGAUGCUGCGUUUGAAGACAAGUCUGGCAACAUCUGGUUCUUCCAAGGUGACAGCUACUGGGUUUUUGAUGCUGAAAGGAAGAUAACAGGGCCAGAUUCAGUGAGGCGGCUGGGUCUUCCUGUAACAGACAUUGAAGCAGCUUUGAAGUGGGAAGAGGACCAUACUGAGAAAGUCUACUUCUUCAAGUCGAGUUACUACUGGGUCUUCAAUGUUCAGGAUAAUCGAAUCAAUGACAUCCACCCUCACAGCAUUUACGAGUGGAGGGGAAUGCCCAGCCACAUCGAUGGAGCUUUUUUGGACAGAUAUGGCUAUGCCAAUUUCCUGAGUGGAAUGCACUACUGGAAGUUUGACCCAGUGGCACUGAAGGUACUGGAAGGCUAUCCCCGGAGCAUCGGCAUGGAUUUCUUUGGCUGCUCUGCCUCUCUGUCCAAAUAAGUUAAUAUACAUCUGCAUUACUUUUACAAAUCAUUUUUUUCUGUUAAAUUUCCCAUACAAAACACUCAAGAUGUUUUGGAAAUAUUCAAUCUGAUAGAUUUCAUGAAUUUGACUACAAAGCAAGUGUCUGUAUUUGCCUUUUGCAGAGCCAGAGAUGUUUCUGUCAGUGUCAGAAUACAAUGUGGAGAAAGCUAGUUAAAAUUGUUAGUGUCAGUUCAAUAAACACUUCAGAUCCAAGCUUUUAUCCCACCAUCUCAGCUGACUGCAGGUUUCCCCAACCUUACAAACAGUACGUUUGCAUAAUGACUAAAACUAGCACCAGUGGCUAACAGUGGGCUGUGAGGUCAGUUUCAUGGUCAUUAAUAUGCAAAUUGGCAUUUCUCUGUGGCUUUGAAAGCUACAGAGACAUGAUGUUUUGAGAAAAUGCAUCUCAGCUGUUCCGAUACUCCUGACACAUAAGGGAUCACUAAGUGUUUUUGCUUAGGCAGCAGUUGUCCUUCUUCUCUCCUGGAUUGCCUGGAGCUUUCUUUAGGCACCUUCCCAGCUUUGGCAAAUGUCCAGCUGGGAUAACCACAUUUACUCAGGGCCUUCUUGAUGUGAUGUUCUUCUGCUUCCCUGGUCCCUCUUUAUAAAUGGUAUGGUGGCUAUUGAUCAAUGAUGAAAGAAGUCACUUGGAAGAUAAAUAAAACUCCCACUGAAAAUUCUACAUCCAGAGUCAACUUUCUGGAACUGCUUAAAAUGAUUACUCAUAGUACCCAUGUACUGAGUAAAUGAGUAUUCAAAACCCACACACUCAUAAACUGUUCUUUUGAGUGUUUGGCUAGUCUCAAUUAAGAGAUUAAGGUGAACACUUUCUUACAUUAGUCUAGCAUUAUUGAUGAGUUGUGUUAGUGGUAGAAACAAAAAAAUGACAUGUAGUUUUGAUUUGAUUGAAAUUUUCAAACUCACUUUCAAGCAUUCUGAGUUAUUUACACGUUUCAAAAAGAUUUAAGAGUAUUCUACCAUUCUGUUAGCUGUUCAUUAACCAUGCACACCUACUGGAGCCACUGACUAUAUUGUUAGUUGGCUCACAACCACAGAUUGUAUAUAAAAAUGAUGGAUGUAGCUUCCUGGUCUGAGGAGGGAAUUCAGUGUGGAUGUGCCUGAAUCCUAAAUUCUACUCCAAUGUUCAGCAGGGAGCAACUUCUCUGCUUGCAGAGCCAUUUUGGGGGGUAUUUGAUAGCAAUAGUGGAUACAGACAGGAAAGCAAAGAGAGAGAGAGGGUGGAAGACAUGCAGCAAAGAGUCCCAGGUCGGAUUCAAACCCAGGCCGCUGUCUUCUGGUCAUUGGUCGCCUGCAUACCCACCGACCUAAACUGAAGCCCACAGGGCCAUUUCAUAUGGGAAAAUUACCACUGACUCCUUCAUCUGUGAUCUCAGUCAACACUUUCCAGAUGAAAUGAAAAUGUUUCUCAAAGGUGUCCUGAAGGAAUCUCAAGCAGGGUAUAGCUUACUUUGUGACUGGAAAGCUGCUAUUGUAUGAGCAUGCGGCCCCUGGGUUUCUUAUUCAGAUCUCAUCACAUCGACUUGCAAAAUAGCAAAAUGACUACAGCAAAAGAUGCUCAGUUUGAGGCCUUACAGCAUGGACUUGGCUAACUAAAGGGUAAUGCAUACAUCUGGGGUAUAUAUGUAUAUAUCUGAGCAUGUACAUUUAGGGAUGGCUGCAUCUUGGGAGGUAGAGCAGGUCAUCUACUAAUUGGAAAAGUGGUUAUAAGAAGUGGUUAUAGCUGUGCUAAUAGAAUGGCUCUACAGAUGGCAGGUUCACUUAGAACUUAUCUCAAGACUCAGCUAUCUCACCAAAUGCUGCAUGGAUUGUGCAGAGGAUUGGCCGCUACAAGUUCUGAUAUGUUUUUAAAAAAAAUUCUCCAAAUAGAAUGAAUAAAAAUGUAAAAGAUCCCAGCUUUACUUCUACACCUCUUCCACAGUUUGCCUAAGUUGUAGCUUAACCACAGUUUAGUUCUGAGAAAAAUAGCUUUAACUAAAUGUAUAUGUAAUGUAUAAAUCAUUGCAUUCUGUUUUAUUUAGAUUUAACACAAUAUUCUGACUUUUUGGAAUUGGCUUUGUACAUACAUGUGUAUGGCUGGCCCUGUGAAACUGGGUUAGUGGUUUUACUGCUUCACUCUCCUUUGACCGCAUCCACGGGCCAUUUAGCCCCUUGGAAAAUGAUCUGCAAGCCAUUUCUUUAAAAGAAAAAUCAGGACCAGCCAGGAAAUGACGCAUUACUAUAAUAAUGUAAUUGUUCACAAAAGCAAUUUCUAGCCUUUUAUUCAGCUUGAGCAGAGGUAAACUGCUGUUCUGGCGCUGGCCUGAUGUGAGAAACGAUUGGUUUGCUUUUGCAUUGUGUGGCACUGACAACCUGUGUUGCAAAUCCAGUUUAUCCACAUUAGUUUUUUUUUAAACUAAACUAGAUAGUAUCCAGAAUAAAUGAAGCCUUGUGGUUAAUCUUAUAUUUUUAAGGUGCUACUUAAGGUUCCAUAGGCAAGACAGACACAUGCCUCAUAUCUGCUCUUUUCAGUGUUAAUGUUGUCCUUUGGUGUAUUCAUCUUGUGCCAUAAAAUAGUUUUUUUUUUUUUUCGAUCUUUCUUUCAGUCUGCUGAUUCCUCAAAACCACUGAGUGAAAUUUUUAAAAACAUAAACAGACACAAACAAAACAAAACAAAAAACCCUCUGUGAUAUAAACUGUGGUUUAGGCCUAAUCAGAAAAAAGAGAAAAAGAGACAGAAUUACACUAUGGCUUCACUCACAGUAAUGCAUAUUUUUAUGGAUAUUGCAUAUUUUCAUUUGUAUUCAGUACUGUUUUCUAUUGUUUGUAAUAAACAGUGCAGGACACUGAGGAUUGCAAUGAUUUGUAAAAUACACUGGUGUGCCUGCAAAAAACAGCAGUCCAUCAUAGCAUGGACAGUUAGCUGUGAUUUUAAUCAUUGCAAAUGCGCCUUAAUAAUGAUAUUUUAUUGGGAUAUCCUUUUUAACUCUCUGUUUACCAUUAUAUUCAGGGGUAUUUCAUGUGAAUAAACCAGUUCUGUAU